AUGAUGAACGCAGAGCUUUUGGAGAGGAAUUUUGGCGUUCAGUUCCCAGAAGAGUUAGAUGGGACUCUCGAUUUACAGAAUGGAGCUGCAAAUUGUUGCAAAUUCAAUCGUUGGGGUACGCUUGUGGCUGUGGGGAGCACUGACGGUCGAAUAUUCAUCUUUGAUUUCGUUACAAAAGGGAUAGUAAAGACCUGGACGGCACAUGCUCUACCUGUAUCUUCUCUAUCCUGGUCCCGUAAUGGUCGCAAAUUGUUGACUGCUUCGGCGGAUACAACAGUAGCUGUUUGGAAUGUGCUUGAAGGAGCCUGUCUGCACCGAUUAAAGUAUUCUGCUAUGGUCACUUCUGCUGUCUUCAAUCCAAGGUAUUUGUUUUGUUUUGAAUCUCUGAACUCUAUAGCUUUAUGCAGCUUUCACGUUUUUCUUCUUCAUGAAGCUUUUAUCAGGGAAUUUUUAGAAACGAUAAUCAAGUCCUUGUGCUCCAACUAAAU